AUGACUUUCAUUACUCCAUUGCAGCGGGGAAUUAGAAAAGCGCAAGAAGCUGAAGAAGAUACUAACGAAUUUCAGCUCUUCCCAGCUUUUGAGCAGAUUAAUGACCAAGACCAGCAUGUUUGCAUCCACACAAGGUCAGCAAUGAAGGCCCUUCCACUCUAUCGACAGAGGUUGAGGACCCCAGCCAGAGCUCCGAACAAGUCCCUCACAGACCACCUCCUGGAGGACGCCCACCCAGACCCCCUGCUGAUGGUGGAGAUGACAAUGAAGAUGAAGAUGAAGGUGAUGACUCAGAGCAGGGACCACCAGAAGGAGGCAAUCAGCAGCAGCCAGGUCGUCCCCCACGUCCUGGACAACAGCAGGGACCCCCACAGCAAGGAGGCCAGCAGCAGCAAGGUCGCCCUCCUCAUCCUGGACAGCAGCAGGGACCCCCACAGCAAGGAGGCCAGCAGCAGCAGCAGCAGCAGCAAGGUCGCCCUCCUCGUCCCGGACAGCAACAGGGACCCCCACAGCAAGGAGGCCAGCAGCAGCAGCAGCAGCAAGGUCGCCCUCCUCGUCCCGGACAGCAACAGGGACCCCCACAGCAAGGAGGCCAGCAGCAGCAGCAGCAGCAAGGUCGCCCUCCUCAUCCUGGACAGCAGCAGGGACCCCCACAGCAAGGAGGCCAGCAGCAGCAGCAGCAGCAAGGUCGCCCUCCUCGUCCUGGACAGCAGCAGGGACCCCCACAGCAAGGAGGCCAGCAGCAGCAGCAGCAGCAAGGUCGCCCUCCUCGUCCUGGACAGCAGCAGGGACCCCCACAGCAAGGAGGCCAGCAGCAGCAGCAGCAGCAGCAAGGUCGUCCUCCUCGUCCUGGACAGCAGCAGGGACCCCCACAGCAAGGAGGCCAGCAGCAGCAGCAGCAGCAGCAAGGUCGCCCUCCUCGUCCCGGACAGCAACAGGGACCCCCACAGCAAGGAGGCCAGCAGCAGCAGCAGCAGCAAGGUCGCCCUCCUCGUCCUGGACAGCAACAGGGACCCCCACAGCAAGGAGGCCAGCAGCAGCAGCAGCAGCAAGGCCGCCCUCCUCGCCCUGGACAGCAGCAGGGACCCCCCCAAUCAGAAGAAAGUGAAUAAGAAGACCAUGUCCUUCGGAAAAUUCUGCCAUGGAACAAUAUGGUCAUAGUCAUGUCCUCUAUAGACUAAUAAAAUAAUCAGCAUGCA